AAGGAAAUCGGGAAAUAUUUCCGGCUAUUUUCUAUAAUUUCGAAGGCUCUAUGCCAUGAGUCUACAACUCACUAUAUGACUGCUACACCACCUACUUAUUUACAUAUUGUGUAAAGCCGCUGAGAAACUGCAAAUGUGACGUGGGGAUGGUAAACAUUCGAUGUUAGUGUUGCGUAUCUAUACCUUCCACUUAUCUUUAAUUAUUGUAUAACAACAAGGCAGUUAUUUUACUCAUUUAACCUCGUGAAUUAUUGUGGAAGAGGAAAGCUGAAAAGCUAUUGAAGGCAGCAUAACGGUGAUGGCUGAUUUAGCAGAAGAUCAUGAAAACCAGUUAAAAUAUUUAAGAUGUGGACACUCAGAUCACCUGUUGAAGUCUAUCAACAGACUACGAAAGGAAAGGAAGCUGUGUGAUAUCACUUUAAAAGUUGGAGAAAAAGAGUUUUCUGCCCACCGUGUAAUCCUGAGUGCUUGUAGUGAUUAUUUCUGUGCCAUGUUUACUGGCAACAUGGAGGAAAGUCACAAGUCUGUGGUUGAACUUCAUGGUCUAGACUCAGACACUAUGGAAUUUAUUCUGGACUUUGUAUAUACUGAGACAAUUCAAGUUAGUGUUGAGAAUGUACAAGCCCUGCUUCCUGCUGCAUGUCUUCUACAGUUGACAGGUGUGCAAAAAGCUUGUUGUGAUUUUCUAGAAGAGCAGUUGGAUCCCUCUAAUUGUUUAGGUAUCAAGGCAUUUGCUGAGACCCAUGGAUGUGAAGAGCUAAGAAAAGCUGCUGAAAAAUACAUCCUGAAACACUUUGUUGAGCUUGUGGAUAGUGAGGAGUUCCUGCAACUUGACAAUGAGGAUCUGGUGUCACUCAUUAAAUGUGACAAUUUAACUGUGCCAUCUGAGGAGGCAGUUUUUGAGGCACUCAUUUCCUGGAUCAAACAAAAUGAAGUGAAGAGGAAGGCAAUGUUGCCUAAAAUGUUGGAGUUUGUUCGUUUACCUCUUCUCACUCCACGAUACUUGACAGAUGUUGUUGAUGGCGAGCAAUUGAUAAGACAAAACCUUGACUGUAGAGAUUUGGUAGAUGAAGCUAAAAAAUACCACUUGAGGCCUGAGUGUCGUCAAGCAAUGCAAAAUGACAGAACCAAGUCACGUAUUGGCCUGUCAGAAGUGAUGUAUGUACUGGGAGGCUUUGGAAACUUGCAGUCUCCAGUUGAUGUUGUUGAGAAGUAUGAUCCUGCAGCAAAUCAGUGGUCCAUUGUUCAGCCAAUGAGACGAAAAAGACGGUAUUUAAGUGCUGUUGCUCUGAAUGGAAGGCUAUACGCUAUUGGUGGCUACGAUGCCUCAAGUCGUCUCAAUACUGUUGAGUGCUUUGAUUCAUCGACAUCCCAGUGGUCCGCAAUGACUCCUAUGUUACAGAGACGAGGUUUAGCAGGAGCGACAACUUUAGGAGGAAAGAUUUUUGUGGCUGGGGGAUUUGAUGGCACAACAAGACAUACUAGUGUUGAAUGCUAUGAGCCAACGAUAGACAGAUGGACUUUGGUGAGUGAGAUGCAAGCGCCCAGAGAGGGUGCUGGACUGGCUAAUCUUGACGGUGUGCUAUACUGUGUAGGUGGUUAUGAUGGAAACAGCAUUUUAAACAGCAUCGAAAGGUUUGAUCCCAGAACAGGACAAUGGACCGGCUUGUCUCCAAUGAGUACCAGAAGAUCAGGUGCUGGGAUAGUAGUCCUUGAUGGGCAGCUGUAUGCUGUCGGUGGCUAUGAUGGCAGCCAACAUUUAUCAUCUGUCGAAUGUUACAGUCCUUGCAAUGAUCAGUGGAUGAACGUUGCAAAUAUGAAGUCCAACCGGUGCUAUGUGGGGACAGCGGUUAUCUGUGGGAAACUGUUUGCUGUAGGUGGCUAUGAUGGUGUGUCUCUUUUGGACUCGUGCGAGAGCUAUGACCCUUCCAUCCAGGAGUGGACGUUAAUGACGUCCAUGGCUACCAGUCGCUGUGAUAUGGGUGUAGCAGUUCUCCUUGGGCAAUAGAUGGAUCCUUAAUGGCUACAACUUGUUGUGAUAUGGGUGUGGCAGUUCUCUUUGCACAAUGGGUCAUCCGUGGCCACAAGUCGCUGUGAGAUGGGUAUAGCAGUUCUCCUUGGACAAGAGGUCUUCAAUGGCUACAAGUUGCUGUGAUAUGGGUGUGGCAGUUAUCCUUGGACAAUAGGUUAUCCAUAGCCACAAGUCGCUGUGAGAUGGGUGUAUGAGUUCUCCCUGUUCAAUAGAUCUCCAGUGGCUACAAGUUGCUGUGAUAUGGGUGUGGCAGUUCUCUUUAGACGAUAGGGCCUUCGAUGGAUACAAGUCGCUGUGAGAUGGGUGUAGCAGUUCUCCUGAGACAGCAGGUCUUCGAUGGCUACAAGUCGCUGUGAUAUGGGUGUGGUAGUUCUCCUUGGACAAUAAGUCUUCGAUGGGUACAAGUCGCUGUGAUAUGAGUGUGGUAGUUCUCCUUGGACAAUAAGUCUUCGAUGGGUACAAGUCGCUGUGAUAUGAGUGUGGUAGUUCUCCUUGGACAAUAAGUCUUCGAUGGGUACAAGUCGCUGUGAUAAGGGUGUGGCAGUUCUCUUUGGACAAUAAGUCUUCGAUGGGUACAAGUCGCUGUGAUAUGGGUGUGGCAGUUCUCUUUGGACAAUAAGUCUUCGAUGGGUACAAGUCGCUGUGAUAUGUGUGUGGUAGUUCUCUUUGGACAAUAAGCCUUCGAUGGGUACAAGUCGCCGUGAUAUGGGUGUGGUAGUUCUUUUUGGACAAUAAGUCUUCGAUGGGUACAAGUCGCUGUGAUAUGGGUGUGGCAGUUCUCCUUUGACAAUAGGUCAAAUUGUUAAAAUUGGAAUUUUUGUUAAGGAGACAUCGACUGCUUAGCAUUCUGGAACAGACAAUCGUAAAUGAAAUAAUGCUGUCUUUCAAAAAAUGCAAACAGCUGUAAGGAAAAAAGGCAAAAGGCCCCAUACACCGCAGGAGUGAAUAGGCUAGAUCUAAUUUUCCUCAGGACAGCGCUAAACCCUUACCGCUAACGUUACUGUUGAUUAGAAAGAGGCGUUGGAAAUCAAUUCAAAUCAAAUCAAGUCCGUCUUUUUGAGCAUGAUAUUAUUUUUGGAACUAGUAAGAUCAUUAUAGUUUAAAGCACUUUUCAACUGAGUUUCGAAAAUAAGCCGGGAUUUCUUAGUUAUUUCUUUACUUCGCUCUGUUAUUGGUCAAAGAAACUCGCGCUAGUCUCUCAACAGACGCAAAACUUGAACCAAUCACGACUUGAGUUCUCAUUGGCUCUUUAGGGUACUUUUCUUACUUCUGAUCGAUGAUUGGCUGUUGUGAUAACUUUGGUUUGGGUUUUAUGACACUCAAUCGAAAAGCGGUCUAAGGUAGUUUAUUUGGUAAUUCACUCCUGGUUGGCGUUUGUUGAGUGGCUGUUUGGUUUUUGUCCUCUACUUUUUUGCUGUUUUUCAUUGCGAUCGUAAUCAUAAUUAUGUUUCAUUUACCAUUGACUUGUAAAUAUUUAUUCAUUAAUAAUUACUGAUAAGCCAUGUAACAUGAAUCUCAGGAGGUUUUAAUCAAUAAAAAAAGAGCCGUUGA